GGACUUUGUGUUCCCAUGGUGUCGGGUAGAGAGCAGAUGGUGAGGCUGCACUGGUGCCGGUGUCGGUGUCGGACGAGUCUCAGUGCGGCUGACCUGCAGCAACCAGACGCUCGUCACUGCAAUCUCGCCUAACGGGGGAUCUAUUGCGCUGAUUUCUGUGUUGACAACUUGCUGAAAUUUGCGCAUCUCGUCGCGCAAUAUCGUCGUCGUCAGUGUGGAGGAGCUGCGGAUGGUGCACGGGUCGAGCAUCCUUGUUUUCCAGCGCUUCGUACGGUGUCCGUCUUGGGACGAGAAAAGGAAAACAUCUGAGGUCGAGAGCCGAUCUUCUUGAGGAUUCUGAUCGCACAGAAGUUGAUUUGGGAUUAGAAGAAGGCAUUCAUGAGGAUUGCUGGCCACAAAGGAGACUAAUGCUGAAGAUUCCCUUCAAGUCUUUACUUCGACGACUGCCUCUCAUCUAAUCAUUGUUUGAGCAGAGAGCAGACAACAUGACGCUGGGUUGCCUGCCUUGGCCUCCUCUACUUUGGUUGAGCAUGGCCUUACUUCUAGCCUCUCAGUGGCCCGUACAAGCCACAGACUGUCCUCAUUUGUGUGUAUGUGAGAUCCGACCUUGGUUUACCCCCCAGUCAACCUACAAAGAGGCGACAACUGUGGACUGCAAUGACCUGAGGCUGACACGCAUCCCUAUCAACCUUUCAACGGACACGCAAGUGUUACUGCUCCAAAGUAACGCCAUCUCUCACACUGGGGGUGAGCUGGAGGCCCUGCAAAACCUGACAGAGUUGGACCUGUCCCAGAACAACUUCAGCUCUGUGGAAGCUGUCGGUCUCAAAAGCAUGAAUCAUCUUACCACCUUGCAUCUGGAGGAGAACCAGAUCAGUCAGCUCCAGGACAACUGUCUGGGAAAUCUCUCAAGCUUGCAGGAGCUCUACAUUAACCAUAACCUCAUAAACUCCAUCUCCUCUCGGGCAUUUGCCGGUCUGCACAAUCUGUUGCGCUUGCACCUAAACUCCAAUAAGCUUCAUGUCAUUGACAGCCGCUGGUUUGCAGAAACUUCUAACCUUGAGAUCCUCAUGAUUGGAGAAAACCCAGUCAUUGGUCUUUUGGACAUGAAUUUCAAGCCUCUCGGAAGUUUGAGGAGUUUGGUUCUGGCUGGCAUGGAUCUUAUUGAUGUUCCUCCCAAUGCAUUUGUAGGCUUGGACAACCUGGAGAGUAUAUCUUUCUAUGACAACAAACUGGUCAGAAUCCCUCAACUGGCACUCGAGAAAAUGCCCAAUUUGAAAUUUUUGGAUUUAAACAAAAAUCCAGUUCGCAAAAUCCAGGAAGGAGACUUCAGAAACAUGUUUCAUCUAAAAGAAUUGGGAAUCAACAACAUGAUGGAGUUAGUGUCGAUUGAUCGCUACGCUAUGGACAACCUUCCAGAACUGACCAAGUUAGAGGCCACAAACAACCCCAAGCUGUCUUAUGUCCACCGCCUGGCCUUCAGGGACAUGCCUUCCCUGGAGAGCUUGAUGCUCAACAAUAACGCUCUCACUGCUCUUUACCAGCAUUCGGUAGAGGCCUUGCCGAACCUUCGUGAGAUCAGUCUGCACAGCAAUCCGUUGCGUUGUGACUGUGUUAUUCAGUGGAUGAGUUCCAACAAGACCUCUGUACGCUUCAUGGAGCCCUUGGCCAUGCUUUGCACCUCCCCGCCAGAACUCAGGGGCCAGCAUGUUCGAGAGCUAAGAUUGGUAGAAAACUCCGAGCAGUGCAUCCCACUGAUAUGCCAAGACACCUUCCCCGGCCACCUCAACCUAAAUCUUGGCAUGAGUGUCAGUCUGGACUGUCGGGCCAUGGCUGAGCCAGAGCCUGAGAUCUACUGGGUGACCCCACUCGGAAGCAAAAUCUCUACGGACACUGUGUCGGAGCACUACCACCUGAGCAGCGAAGGGACUCUGUGGCUGUCCCAUGUACAGGUAGAAGAUUCCGGACAUUACACCUGUGUGGCCCAGAACAUCGAAGGGGCUGACACACGAGUUGCCUCAAUUCGAGUGAACGGAACCAUGCUUGACAGUGCUCAGGUGAUGAGAAUUUAUGUGAAACAAACAGAGUCCCACUCCAUCCUUGUCUCUUGGAGAGUCAACUCCAAUGUUAUGUCCUCCAAUAUCAAAUGGGCCUCAGCCACCAUGAAGAUCGACAACCCGCACAUCACAUAUACGGCACGUGUGCCUGUGGAUGUUCACGAAUACAAUCUCACUCACCUCCAGCCAGCCACAGAGUAUGAGGUAUGCCUCACAGUCUCCAACGUGCACCUGCAGACACACAAGUCUUGUGUAAAUGUCACAACCCGUAGCACCACCUUCGCCCUGAACCUGUCAGAGCAACAUCCGAACGCUGCCGUGCUAGCGGUCAUGGCAACCGCGCUAGCCUUCCUCAGUCUGGCUACUGUCGGCAUCUACACGGCCCGCAGGUGGAAGAGAAAGAACUACCACCAUUCCUUGAAGAAGUACAUGCUUAAAACCUCCUCCAUCCCUCUCAACGAGCUUUACCCGCCACUCAUCAACCUGUGGGAGGCUGACGCAGAGAAGGACAAAGAUGGCAGCGCAGAGGGAAAACCGUCCCCUGUUGAUACCACACGUAGCUAUUACAUGUGGUAAAGAUGUAGCAAGGAGGCCCGGUCGCCUCAUCAGCAGCACAAACGGAUAAAAACUUCGGACAUUUUGGUGGAAGAGUCACCAAGUUGUUUUGUGGGCUUUGCUGAUAUGUAGCAGAGUGAAAACGAAGGGGGAUUUUUAGUAGUAGAGCGUAUCGCGCCGAUUCUUUCUAUUUCUUGUUUUGUCUUCAAGGAAGCAGCUGUAUUUAGCUUCAAUGUUACUUUAGUUGCUAUACUGUAUCUGUGGUGCAUUUCUAACUCACUUUUACUUGGGUUAAUAAUACUGCAGCAGUGGCGGGGGGGUCUGACUCUUGUGGCAGCAUUAGUAAUGAGGAGUCUUUUCUUUCUGUUUUGUAAAACAGGUCAACCAAUAUGUGCACCAAUGUGCAGUUUGUUUAAACUUCAAUAAAUAAAAGCUGACAGCGGGUUUUAGACGUGUUACAUUGUCUACUGAAUGUUAGCGACUGUGCAGUAAUGUUGUAUCAACUAUACCAUUCAACUUUCGGAUUUAGAUUAAAAAAAAAAAAAAGACAACAGUACUUUAGUUUGGAGAUAUUUGUGAUGUCAAAUGCUAGAAAUACAACUGUAGAAUGCUUCUUUUUUAAAAUUGAUUUUUCAAACAAGGAACGUUAUAAGGUUUUACCGGUACUCUCUUCCUCAUAGAUAUCACGGGGAUGUACUUUAUUUUGCUAGGAUUUUUGCUGAUUGGUUAGUUUAUUUUCCACAUGUAAUAUGUUACAUUGAAAAUGCCAAAAUAAAUACUUUGAUAAUUC